AUGACAGCGACCAUGGCGGCCAAAGAUACAAAUCAAUUGACGCGGACCAACGCCAACAUCACCGGUACCAGCACCACCAGCCACCACCCAAUAAGGCGGCAGCCAUUUUACCCGCAGCCAUCAGCACUGGUGAAUACAAUAACGGCAACAACAACAGCAGUGCAAACAACGAUGGGCCGAGCGAUAAAUAUUGGUUUUGCUGGCUACACACAAGCGCACCCAGAGAUCCAGCAUGCGGGCGAUGGUGGAAUAAUGCAUGAAAGGACGCAACAACGUAAUGAAGUGUCCGUGCCGACCCGAGUCGCCGCAUGUGUCGAUAUCGGCGUUGUUGAUGACGAUGAGGCCAUUGUCGAUAGCAACGGCAAUGCGUAUACACGCAGAGAUAGUGUCGCCGCCACGGCUGCGGCAGCUGCUGCAGCUGCCGCCGCUGUUGGCGAUGUUAAUUUUCCCGUUGACACACGCUCAGGUGUGAUGACGGGCGGCAUCAUGCUGGACGCUGUGGACGUUGAUGUUGACGACGAUGAUGAGAGCGACUCGUUCGAUUCGAUGGAGACGUUGUCGGACAAUGUGGCUGUUUGGGUGGAUGGCGAGAAGCACUGGGUGGCGGGUGUGGAUGCGAGUACGACGUGUGCGGAUUUGAUUGGCGCGUUGCUCAAUUAUCAAAACGCACAGCAAUUGCAGGAAAAACACUACCAGCAGCAACAGCAGCCACAACAGCAUAUGUUUAGUGUCAACAGCGGCAAGAGCAAUAAUAAUAACAACAGCAACAGCAGCAGCGCGGCAAAACCAGCCAUCAAUCAAUCAACGUUAAUAAAAACAUCAACGCAUACCAAAGAAAAUUGCGGUCCAUCGCUCGCUGCGAGCGGUGAAUUGACUAUUGGCGGUUGCCUUCCCAUGGCAGCUGCUGUGUCGAUGGCGCUAACUGUGCCGGCGACUAGUAGUGGCGCACCUCUGUGUGGCAACCGGCUAACGAACGCCACUGAGUACGCCAUUGUCAAGCAGCAUCGCCACUGUGAGGAGUACUUGGAUGGCAAUGCGAAGGUAUUCGAUGUGAUGCCAGUGCAGGAUGGCCCCUCAAGGAAGGAGUGCGAAUUGCUCUUGCGUCGCCUCACUGCCGCCAACAGCAACGGCAACGGCAACAACAACUGCAAUGGCAACAGCAAUAAUGGGACUUUCACGGCAUUACCUAAUGCGCUGCACCGCGCCAGCUCACCGUCGCUCAAUCUGAACACACAGGUCUCCUCGUUGCUCUCCACGGACAAGGACAGCGGCAUGGGCAGUCCGGUGGGGAGUUCGCGCAGCGCACGGUUACGUCGCCGCAAGUACAAAUCAGCCGCUACGGUCAGUUGGUUGGCACAGGCGAAUACGUUGCAUCCGCGCGUCUCGCAACGAGCUGUAGCCGCUUUCAGCGGACUCGGCAACGCGCUGACCAACGCACAGGCGAGUAAAGGUGGUGGCAAGCACAUCGCCGUCAUCGACUGUGGCAUGGGCGAGGAGGAUGAUGUGGCCGCGGAUGCGCUGGAUGGCUUAGGAGUAGGCGUCGAUGGAGGUGAAGGGGGCGUAAGUGCAAAUGAGCGGCUACUGAAAAUUAUUCUGGCGCAGGACGAAACAAUUCAUCGACAGUUGGCCCUUUUAAGAGAAAAGGAGCGACAAAUUUCGAAAAUUGAGGAGGAGAAGCAUCGCGUCCGCGAGCGUGAAUUGGGUAAAAAUUACCUACUCGAAACGUACCUGAAUGGCUUGGAUGAGGCGCACGCUGAGCCCGAUUUGGAGGCGUGCACCGAUGUGGCAUUGGCCGAUAGUCCGCUUAAUGAAUUCAAUGAUGUUCGCGUUGCUGAUACCAGCCUCGUUCAUUACGGUGAUGGCGUUGCUGUUGGCGCCUCAGAUGGUGUUGGCCGUGAUGAUGAUGCUAACGUGGAGAUAUAUAUUGACGAAUCGUAUCAGCGGACAGCGAGGACAAUUGGCGUAACAACAACAACGGCAACGAACAAGGAUACUGGAAUAUCCAAAGCACGAGAUUUCCAUUCGAAUGCACGACACUCGAAGAAAUUAAAGGGCGACUUUAGUGGAGAUGGUGGAGGAGGGGGUGCGGCGACAGGCGUGAAGAUUGAAACAAAUAAGCAAGCUAUUGCCAAUUGUGAAGAGAACGAGACGGAGGUGGAAGCACAACUGGUGUGGCUGGAAAAGAUCUACGCGCUCAACAAGCAGCUGCAGCGCGAGGAGGAGAUGCUGCUGAAGUUGCACGCGAAAAUACGAAAACAUCAAGUGAAACGUGCCUACCAAACCAAACGUGAAGUGUUGCAACAAAUUGAGAAAUUGGAUGCGGAGUUGACGUUGCAAUGUUGUGACAUACGCGCCGUCGAGAGCAAACUGCACGCAUCCAACGAGCAACUGAAACAGAAGCUGGGCGUAUUGGAGCGGCUGAGUCAGGAGUUUCUGCAAACGAUGGAGACGCCGACGGCGGAGGAUGGGCUGCAUGGAGAUGCGGCUGACGUGACGGUGGCGGUUGUUAGUCAGAUGCCUGCUAAUCGAAUGCCAGAUGUAAUUAACAAUGACGGCCACAAUCUUGCAACAAUGUUGCCUGCCACGGAGGUGGCAAGACCGAGGGAGCUGCGAGUGGAUGAUGUGUCGUUGCAUGCGAAACAGACGACAGAACAGCUGGCGGCGCAAGAAGCUGUGUGGCACUUACAAGAUGAAAAUAUGGACUUGCCACAGACAAUGCACGCAACCGCCGCUCAUGGUAAUAAAAUUAAGGAAUUGAGUGAGCUAACGCAAACAAAUACAACAGCAAUGACAACAACUCAAAUACAAUCAGCUGCAGAAAACCAAAUAGCAACAACAACAAAUGCGCCGAUAUUGAGGCAUGCAACGACGCUGGUAUCAAAACUGACAGCGACAAGUUGUACCCCAUCAUCGUCAACGUUGUCGUCAGCCACACAAACGGCAGCCGCAACGACAGCAACAACACCCUCAGAUACAACAACACACGCGCUGUUAACCGACAAGGCAGCCGUAUCUGCAUGCAACAUGUCAGCAAUGUCGCCGGCGGAUGAAACACAAACCACAGCACUACAUCUUCUUCAGCCGCAGCAUCUGCAGCAACAACAACACCAGCAACAGCAACCACGAGCGCAGCAAAAACAAUUACCAGCGGCGGCGGCUGAAGACGGCAAUAACUCACAACAAUGUGUCGCCGCUGAUGACUUGCUCGUCGAUGCACUGGCAGCCGUUGGCGGCGUGGCACUUCCGCAAAGCAAUUAUCCAAUUAGUUGCAUUAAUCAAGCAGCCAUACACGCCACCAGUGCGCUACCAACACAGCCGAGUGUUGUUGCAGCUGCAAAUGUCAGCACGCCUGAGCAAGCGUUGCCAACAGGCGCAGCACUAUUGUCAGCCGCGUAUUUAACGUCUUCAGCAACGCACUCCGCGGGAAAUAUAACAAGCUGCCAACAACAACAGCAAGUGCAGUUGGCGGCGCAACCGCAAUUGUUGCCGCAAAGACAAUAUUUGAACUACAUGAAUGCUAGUUGCUUAAGCAACAACAACAACAGUAGCGAUAUCAGCAGCAACAACAGCAUCAAUACCAACAACAAGAACUUGUUACCGCCCUCACAUGCCGCCCACACGAAAACGCUGCAGAAACAAAUGUUCGGUCCGAAAUCUCUCAAUCAGCGGCAGCCAACUGCAGCGCCGUCGCCGCCUAAAACAAUGCACACCUCAGCGGCUGCGUGGACCACACCUGCCGCCCCCAUGACAACGCCCAUGCUUGUGGGAGCGCAUAACGGCUUCAGCAUGCCAUCAAUAUUAGCACCUCUCCGUCCGACGACGCCGACAGCACUUUCGGCUGCACCUGUGGUUCCUCCGGUUGUGGAUAUCACGCAGCUGGGCACACUGGUCUAAAGAUAACGAUGGGUUACUGUUACUCGGUUGUUUGCUCACCAGCAACCGCACAUUUGCGCAGCCAGUGGGCAAAGGAGCGCGCCUUGAGUGCUCAAUACAGCUGGUGUAGGUUACACGGUGACUAUAAAUUGUUGCACAGUGUUUUGGAUUUAGCUCAUCAACAGCUAAAUUGUAUAAAAGUAAAAUUUUUGAAAAGCGAUUUUAAUUUUUGAGUUUAUCUAAAGAUUUCGAGUUUCCAGUUUGUAAAAUGAGGCCAAGGAAAUUAAUAGUACUUAAAGAAGUGUUCUCUGGUGGUAAAUUUAGUUGUCUGGAGAUAUUAUAUAGGAGCCAUUCUCGAACAACGUGCCACGUGUACUUUGGUUCGUUGCCUUGUUGGCAAUGCUUUCCAAUAGCCAAACUAUCCACAGUUGCCGUCAAAUUAUGUCCUUACUUAUAUGUUUUUAAAGACAUGGCGAUCAAUAGUACCCUCCAUAAUAUCAAGCGGCUAACUCUAGAUGAAGCCGCCUCACCCCAAGGCUCAACGCUAAAGUCUCCAUAUUGGAUAUUAUUACUGCAGUUAUAAUAUUCUUAAUUUCAAGCGCAUAAUUUGUUUUUCUCCAAACUCUAGAUCGGUCCUCACUUUCAAAACCAUCAUACUAUACUUGCUUCCGUCGGUAAAAAGCAGUAAUUAAAAUUAAAAGGCGUGUGUAGACUUUUCUCCUUGACUUUAAAUGGCAAAAAUGGAGUAAGAAAUCGUUUAUAAAAGCCCAUUCGGUAUAGAGUUGAAAGGGGAAAGCAUAUUAUCUAUUUUAUCCAAAAUAU